AGAAGAACAACCGGCACUGAAAAGCUUGCUAGGGUUUUAAGGUCUCAACCGCUCAAGCUCUCGUUCCUCUGAAGCCCUAGUGAGCGGAAGUGGAGAAGGAGUAGCUCGGAGAGAGUGGGAGACGGAGAAGAUGAGCCGGAGCUUGGGGAUACCCGUGAAGCUGCUGCACGAGGCAGCUGGCCAUAUUGUGACGGUGGAGUUGAAGAGCGGCGAGCUCUAUCGGGGUAGCAUGAUCGAGUGCGAGGACAACUGGAACUGCCAGCUCGAGAACAUCACCUACACUGCUAGGGAUGGGAAGGUUUCACAGCUUGAGCAUGUUUUCAUCCGGGGAAGUAAAGUAAGGUUUAUGGUCAUUCCUGAUAUGCUGAAAAAUGCACCAAUGUUCAAACGUUUGGAUGCAAGAAUCAAGGGCAAAGGGUCUGCUUUGGGAGUUGGCCGUGGUCGUGCAGUUGCCAUGCGUUCUAGGGCCCAAGCCGCUGGUCGUGGUGCUCCGCCUGGUAGGGGUGCACCCCCUGUAAGGAGGUAGCCGGAAUUUGGCAUUACUGAAUCCUAGCGCCUAAUGUGAUUAGAACUGGAUGUCUACGUGAUCAAAUUAGCUUUCGACUUAUUGAGAGCCUUCAACAAUGAGCAAGAAGGGUGUGUGAUAGAUACUGGAUCACUGUUUGAUCAUUUAGUGUCUCUGAUGCCUCUUAUCUGAUGUUGUUUUUUUUUUUGAUUUAUUAAAAUUGCUUUAUCAUCUCCUGUAUGAGGUGUUAAACUAAUGCUAGUAUUUGGAACACUUCAUCUCAUGAUCUUCCCAUGGAUAUCUGUGGAUGUGUAUUCUGAGUUGGGUGAUACAUUUUGCAGGACCCAGAAGUUUUGCUUUGUGGGAGUA